AGAUUGAUGCGGAUCGGCCAUACCGUAUGUGGUACCCCGAGGAAAUGCCGAAGCGAAAAUCGUCGUCGGAGGGGUUGUUUCAUAGUAAACCGAACAUGCAGGUCGCGAAAGAUGUGAAAUGGGAAAAAUUUUUACCGCAUAAAGGUGUCGUAAAGGAAGUGAUGUUCCGUGAACAACGUUUGCGGACUGAUAUCGCAAUAGGUCCGAAUGCGAGGCAUCGGCUGGUCGAUCAUAUAAGUAAGAACUGUAGGAAGAAUGUGAAUAAGUCGUAUACGGUAGAUGAUCUUGAUCCUUUUGCUCGAGUCGAUAUUUCAUAUGCGGACAGUGAUAUUUUACGUCAGUGUAGUAUAAGUGUUUACUAUCCCGAUACAAAUUAUGAUGCUGAGUCUUCAAGGCUGCGUGAGGCAUUGCUGAAGAAAACUGGCGAAAAGCGAAGUGCAUUGAAAAGGGAGAAACUUGAAAUUGCUCUACCGGGAUCGUCAAAUGCUAUUGCUGUCACCGACGGAGGAACAUGCGAAUUACUACGAAAUGGGAAAUCCAUGUCUCUCAUAGUCGAGGUACCAAUCGAUGAAGAUCUA